ACUUCCUGAUGUCAUUUCGAUAAAAUAUUGUUAAUUUCUGGUCAAUUUAUCCGCCUAAUUACCUAAACAUGGUGACCUGAAGCCCCAUCAACAACUCACAAAUAACCAUGGAUCUUGACAAUGGCACCCAAACAAAGGGUAGCAGCUCAAGUUUGAACAAAAUAAAGAAGAGCACAGCAACAACCCCCAAUGAGGAGAGAGUACAACAUAUCGGAAAUGACCUGUGCAAGAUUGACGAUUACAAGAUUGUGUAUACAAAAGCGGCAGAUAAUCUGAAACGGCGGGCCAUCGUCCUUGUCAAGGAAAACAACACAUGGGGCUUCACAUUACAGACGUAUGGUAUCCACCAUAAAGCCACCAAGGAGGUCGAGAUGUUGACAUACGUGGAUUACGUAGCAUUCGAUGGACCUGCACAUAAAGCAGGCAUGAGAGCAGGUGAUGUGAUUCUGUCAAUCAAUGGGGAGAGCAUGGAAAAUGUAAACCAUCCUUCUCUGGUUGAUCACAUCAUGAAGUGCAAUGACAAAAUAAGGAUGGUUGUUUUCUUUGAAGAUUGUGUGAGAAAAGUCGAAAUGCACCAGCGGAUAAUAAAACUCCAGAAAGUUCUUGAAAAUAAAGAGAAAGAGUUCUUGGCUUUGGAAGAACAAGAGAGAAAGAUCAUAGAGGGCAUUCACUUGGAGUCCUCGAGCUCUGAGUAUGAGACGGAUGAAGAUGAAGAUGAGACUCACAGGAGUAACAUCAGCAUUGAGGUGACCCCGCCUGAAGCGCUCAUUGAGUCCCCGGCACGUCGGGCAAGCAUGCUGGGUAAUCAGUUCGUACAGAUGUUCGCGCCCGACUCCUGUGCAUUGACAGAUGUCGGCGCAGUCAGUCCACGCCCAGAGCGGUUUCGUGCUUCGCCAAGUUUCGGGCGCAGGUUUCUUAGACGGCAGGCACCGUUGGAAAGGGAUUAUAAAACGAGCCAAGAUUUUCAAAAGAUUUCGCCAUGUCUUGUACGGAAGGAGCGUGGUUUUCAACCUAUUUCGUCAUCGGAUGAUGAAUCUGGAGAUGAUUCAAAAGAGAAGUCUGAAAGUCAGAAAGGUUUAAUGAAAGACAUUGCUAAGGGUAAUAUUAAGAUCGUUCCUAAGGCUGAUGUCAAUAUCGUUGCUAAAGUGAAAAUGGAGAACCAUAAAGUUACUGGUAAUGAGUCAAAGCAAGCCGCAGGUGAGACCGUUAGUCACGUCGAUAGCAUUGAUGAUAGCGGCUUGCAUGUUGUUGUUAACAAGAAGGCAGCAGCAGUGCUCGGCCUCUGCGACAUGACGCCAGAAUCGCAGAAAGUCCGCAAACGUAGCAGCUCGGGUUCACACGAUCCGUCACCAGUGCUGGAACAGGGUGAAGGACAGGGGCAGAGCAGCUCUCCUAAACCUGCACCAGAAAUUAAGGCAGGUGGUUGUGAGACUGAUUUGACUAUCGGUAAGAAGGCAGCACGUUUCCUUGGCUUGUGCGAGCCUGAACUAGAGUCAAAGAAACCGCAACGCAGUCACUCUGCAAAUGAAAAGGACAUGGUCCGACCAAGUUCUGAGAUUUUCGCACUCAGAAAUGAAGAAAAGGAUGUCUCUCGGCCCAAGUCACAGUUUUUCAUUGCGCUGCCAGGUGGGGAUGAUGACGCUGUCUUUCGUGAAAUAGAAUAUCAAGAGUCCCAAAGGAGGCGCUCUUCUCAGUUCUACAUAUCCUUAGACGAGAUUGAGGGUGAUGCACAGGAUUCAAGCAGCAGCAGCUACGCAAAAUUGCGAGAUUCAAACGCCGUGGACUCCCUUGUCGCUAAAACUGAAGGUCAGGAAGGUGGAAAUGAACAUCUAAUAGGUGGCGCUGUUAGAGGUGACUUUACAAAAGUGAAAAGUGGCGCCAAAUCACGACCUGGUGUCUUGGUUUAUCACUACAACACAAGGCCGGCGAAUAUCUUACAAAUUGGUAAAAGUUCUUCUCUUGGAGAUUUAUAUCCUAUGGACAAGAAUUCUGAGACGCACGCGAAACGGCAUGAACUGAAAUUUAUCCGAUCUCAGAGUGAGGCUGUUGAGAUUGGGUACAGUUACGGAAGCCUUGGACGUAAACGGCAUCAUAGGAAAAAACCCAAAAGUGGUGCGUUGGUUCAUUCUCAGAGCGUUAGUAGUGAUGUGCCGCAAAUAAUGAAAGAUAAGGUUGUGCCGCAUUCUGCCAGUUCUCCUGUCGUGCAGCAAGCAGGAUUUUCAAAGUUGCAUUCAGAACAUUCAGCAUUAGGUAUUGUGAGUGAAAAGAAAGUUGAACUGGGCGAAGCUGUGAUAGGACCAGAACUCAAAUCAUCUGGGUCGGUGUAUUCGGGAAUGCAAGGCCAGAAAACCAUGCGUUCGAGUCCGCGGAGUAUCACUCCAACUCCGCUUGGGACGGCGUUGACACGCAAUGCACCCUGGGGAGAAGGAGAACUUGAAAAAGUUGUCACUCAGAAAUUACGACAUGAUAGUGCAGGGGUGGUUUUAGAUGAAACGAAAAUCAAAAAGCAGGCGACAUCACAUGCUGUGGGAGGGCUAGAAAAAGAGCAUGAGGUCCGCACAAAAUCUGAAAGCAAUCUUGGGAAGAAGUCACGCAAGAACCAGGGAAUGUAUGUGGUAGCUACAGGGGAUGGAUUUUCAAAAGCAGAUUUGGAAAUUCCUGUAUUUCAGGAUGAAUCCCAGGAUGUGAAAUUGGUCAGGUAUGAACCGGUUAGUGAGCAGAUGCAGAAUUCUAUUGAGAGUUCUACUGAUGAUAUAAAAAUCAAAAAGCACAAGUCAAGAAAACAGGACCGGUCUGUUCGAUCUGCGUUGGAAACUGAAAAAUUGAAUGAAUCUCGGGCAAGAAGUCCCGCUGUUCUUGUAGCUCAAAGAAAUGUUGACAAGGCCAACACUGGUUGUGAGAGAGUACAAGACAACGAAUCAGAAAGUACGAACAUUCCAAAAGUUCAUAGCUUAGCGGUCCAGACUGGGGAUCAUAAGUCUGCAAGCAAAGACAAUGAACCUGGGUCACUGGUAAGCACUGCAAGUGACUCUGUUUUAGAGGGGCCGGAGUCGAAACAAGAAAUUGUGAACAUUUCAAGUUUUCAACAAAAUGAGGUGCCACAGUCGUCGGUUAUUUUUGAGGAAAGCAAAGCGCAGAAAUACUCCUUUGACGGGACGUGUAUACGUCUAGGGGAGUUGAUUAAUGAGGAUGAUGAGAUCACUUGGUUGUGAUUGAUUAAUUGGUCCAAGGAGCAUUCAACUUCUAAACAAUGGUAUCAGACCAGAGCAGUCAAGUUUUCACCCAAUAACCUUUGUAAGAAGCAAGGAUGUUUAAAAUAAGUCUUACUAGGUUUAGGUUAGUAAUCAGUCAAUUUCGUGAUAACCGUAAUUUAACAUGUCAGAGCUGAGUGUGAUUUAGAUCAUCAUAUACAACGACUACUGUAAACCGCAUUAUAAAACUAGGGAAUUUCGUAGCAGUUUGCCUUAAACUGUGGCUUUAUAACUAUUAUAUGCCUAAUUUUAUGACCUUGGCUGAUAUGAAUAAAGGUGAAAAUGAGCAAAUGCUAUUACUGGAAACUUAAUGCACAUGUACAUAUAUAUGUACAUAUACACUAGGCCUUUCUUUACAAAACUGAAGUAAAUGCAUACUGUAGUCCAUUUGUAAAUUUUAUGUCCAUUCGAUGGGGCUCUGGAGCGCAAAGUGUUAAUUUAUUUAAAGUUUGCUCUUCAUUGACCUGUGCUUUACAACCAAACAGGAUGUUUAGGGUUAUGUAAGCAUUGUCACUGCAGAGAUCAAACAAUUCUUAAGCAUAGCCCAAUGACCAUUUUGGGGGUCACCUUGUGCUGAUAGGCCAUAUUUUGUUUCUGGGUACUUCCCAUUCAUAUUUUACCCAUGAAUGUACACAAAAAAUAAUUACCUGAAGAUUUCACCAAAAUUGACUGAGAAAAAAAUGAAUGGAGCGGAAAAUCACAAAUCCAGUGCAAUACCUCAAUGAGCAUAAAGAAAUACAAAGAAUUUUUUUUGUUACUGUGGUAACUGAAAUGAGGAAAUCUUAUUUGGUCGCAAACCUCGGAUCAAUAAAAACCAAACUCGAAAGAAAUCUGCCCAGUAGUUUGCACUCCAGAGCCCAUUAAAUGUACAAAUGAACUGUAGUUUGAUAUCAGCCCUUGUCUUUUUUUAUUACUGCUGAGUGAAUAGUCACUGCUGCCUGAAGUUAAACAAUGCUGAAGUUACUUGUCCAUCUUUGCUGAAACCUCAAAGCCAAAAUUUUGUGAUUUUCAAAAACCAUAUCUUAAAAUAAAAUGGCCAUAAAUGCGCAUUGACUUCUGAUGUCAAAGUCUCUGCAAUACUUGCAGUAUUAAAAUAUCAGUCUGGAUAUCCUAAGACAGUUGGUGUUUUACAAAGAUAGUUGCUGUGCAUGUGUUGGCUGCUGCUCGCAUCAAUCUUUGUAAUUUUUAUAAUAGGCUGCAACAAGGGCCAUCCACAAAUGCAUAAAAGCCAUGCAUUUGACCUUAAAUGCUGAAGGAAUCCCAACCAGUUUUGAAGAUUUUUAAUUCAGUAAAACUGUUAAAAACAGGGAUAUUAUUCAUGUAAAAGAAACACAUCUUGAUUAUUUCUUCGAUUUAUGAACGAAUCUUAAUGGAUGAAAUUCGAUAUUUGUGGCAAAAUCAAAUCAAGAAACAAAAUAACGGGCAAAAGUGCCAAAGUAAGUUUUUAAUCAGACAUACUUUUCAAUGUCACAGAGGUAAAUAGCUUAAAUUGACCGUUAUUAGUUUUUUUGGCAAUUUUGCUCAUCAGCCAAAUAGUUCCUGUUUUCUCACAAAAACCCUUUCAGCUAUAUCUCAUGAAUGCUGAAUAGUCCACAAAGCCCACUAUCAUGUCACCUCGAUGUCCUUGGGCUGCGUGGGUUAAGCUCGCCAUGCAAUGCUAUUUUUAUUCUCCUUUCAAGUAGAAUAUCUGUCAAAUCAUCAUAGACAAUGAUAUGAUUUGUAUGUUUUGUUUGUGAAUGUAUAUGUUUGUUUCAUAUUCUGGGCAAAUGUGCGAUUGAAAUAUUCACAUUUUGGCUCACCGUAGGGAGUCUUCCCUAGCGUCCGGCGUUUGUAUCCUGUUACAAACAGUGGCAUUUAUGGUACAUGUAGGUACUCCUACAAGUAGGUGACAGAGAUCAAAUGAUGUAAGUUGGCCAUUUGAGUGUAACCAUGGCACAAUUCUUAACCGUAAAAGCUAUGAACUAUAAACAUGGUACACAUGACCCCCUACGUUAGAUAACCUCCGAAGCCAAAUUUCGGUCCGAUCUGAAAAGCGAUUUUGAGACAUGGAUGGUACACAUUUAUCAUCAAACGGAGGGUGUGUUGUGAUAUCAGUACACAGCGGGCAAUCCUACUGGAAGCUUGUGGGUUUCUUCAAGGCAUAAGCGUGAUUUCAGGAUGGAUAUAAUGGUGUUUAUAGUAUAUUUAAACUUGUUUAGCUGUGAAGGUCAAAGUUAGAUAUGUCCAUUUAUGUAAAUUUACACGUUUAUACCUCUUUUGUUCUUUAAAUAUGUACAGUCCAUGCUGAAUUCUUUAGCCAGUGUGUCCAUGUACCAACAAUUUUAGGAGGAUGUAGGUAGCAUAUGUCACCUUUCAUAACCAAAUAUAAUAUGUAGUUGUACUUAUCCAAGUUCUUGUACCUACAGUAGGACCUCUCUAAUGAGGAUACCCUAGGGCAGACAAAUGAUGUCCUUGAUGUCAGGUUUGACAGAAACAUGACUAUGAAAGAUCAUAUUCGCAACAUGUGUAAAUCCAUGUACUUCUCCUUGUACCGGAUAGGUCGGAUCUGCAGGUUCCUUGACCAAGCCAGUGCUGAACGCCUUGUCCAUGCUUACGUCACCUCAAGGCUGGAUAUGAGCAAUGGGCUUCUGUACGGUUUACCGGACCAAACCAUUGCUCCGCUCCAGCGGGUACAGAACUCAGCCGCUAGGCUUAUCUGUGGUACGAGGAAGCGUGAUCACAUCGCCCCCAUCUUGAAGCAGCUCCAUUGGCUCCCAGUAAAGAGCCGAGCUGUCUUCAAGGUGCUGGUGAUAUGUUUCAAGGCCCUCGAUGGACUUGCGCCAUCAUAUCUGUCUUCACUUUUGCAGCGUAACGAAGGUGGGCGCCUUACCUGGUCAUCCUGUUCAGAGUGUCUCCUUGUACCUCACUCAAAAUCAAAAUACGGGGAUCGCAGUUUCUCUGUGGCUGCCCCUUAUCUCUGGAAUCGACUCCCCAAAGCAAUUACAUCUGCUGAGACCCUCACCCAAUUCAAAUCCCUUCUUAAAACACACUUAUUCAAUCUUCACUUAAAAAAAUAGAGGAGGUAGCGCUUUGAGCAGGGUGAGUGACCUGGAAAGGUGCUUUACAAAUUCUAUAUUUAUUUAUUUAUAUUUAAUUGAGAGGUGUCCUGAUUUCAAAGGUCAAAUUCAAUAUACCUCUCCAAUUUUGGACCUGACUGAAUGCAGGGACCUUUACAGGAAGGGUCUCCUUGAGAAAGGUGUCUGCUAAGGAAGGUUCCACUUUUUUUCAUUCCAAAAAAUAUUAUUCAGCAUAUUCGUACAAUCAUCCGAUAGAUAUUAUACAGAGAAUUUUGCUACAGAAUCAAAAUCUUCUAGUAAAUUUUCAAACAGCUUUUUUGGCCAAAUUUCUACAGGUCAAUACUUCUUUUCAGCAAGUCUUGAUGCAUUCCACAUGAUCAAUAGAAUUUUGUGUUUUGUUGCAAAAAAGUAUUUUUUGACCCACCGCUGAAUUAUUACUCCACAAGAAAAUACUCUAAGUUUCCUAAAUGUCUUUUAAGUGCAGGAAGUUGUUUGACUCCAUAUCCUCUUUAAUGAGAUUCUAACUGGCGGAGAGUUAAUUUCAAAACAAAAACAUUCCUUGAGAACACUUUCCAUGAUUUUGGAGAAGUUUGCACAUACUUUUUUUGACAAAUUAUGAUGUUUUUCAUAGCAUGUCUACUGGAUCAGUGCAUUUAGCGUAUAUUAUAAUACAACGUAUUCCAUUUGAUCGUUCAAAAUUUGGUAGUUCAUAUUGACUUGCCAAGGUAUGAGAUGAUCUCCCAUGCUUGCAUCCGCGGUGUGGCGCUGUGAGCGUUUUAAGACACUUGACGAAAAAGGAAAAACAGCAAAACAUGUGAAUGAUGAUGAUGUAAUUUGUUAAUCAAACAAUAGAAUGUACUCCAUCACCGUCUAUCUAAGGUUGCUAUGCUAGACAUAUGUCAUUGACUUGGAGUGUUCGCAGUUGUGGUUACUGCUGGAGGCAAAAUGUUGAAACCCUUGCAGCGGAACAAUGAAGGGGGUUUGAUCAGAGUGCAGGUUUCCUUUGUCUGAUACAACUGAGGGAAUCAAUCGGGAACUAAUAUUGUUGAGAAAUUAUAUGUAAAUCGUAGUUAAAUCAUAAUUCUAUUAUGGUCGAGAUGGGCAUUUGAUAUAAAAAAUCCAUUUAUUGUUAUUGAACGUAUUGUAUUGUACAGUUUUGUAUGUGAGUAUUAAAAGGUAAAAUGAAUUGAUGUCAAAAGUUAUUUAUAAAUGUAUAGUUGAUGUUUAUAUAAAUUCCGAUUUCAUUGUACAGAAAGAUAAUGUUUUUGCAGUCCAACAGAUAGUGGGAGAUUACGCGAUAGCCAUUAGAAAUUGUUUCAUUCUUGAUUAAUGUAAGACAUUUAUUGAAGUUGUUCACAUUUUAGAGGCUGAAACUGUUUGACCCGGAAGCAGGACAAUUACCCCCUGGACAUAUAGCCCCAGACUUUUACCCCCAGACGUUUACCCCCUGAACAUUAACCCCCCAGACUUUUACCCCACUGGACAUUUACCUCAAUGUACAAACUAUUUUACAGUUUAAAUAAAGGAUAACACUUGACAAUGUAGCCCAACUCUACAAGACCCCGCCAGAUAACCCAACUCUCAUAUAACACUCUAACCCCAAUCUUCUUGACCCUGUCAGAUAACACUUUAACCUAACUCUACAAGAUAACCCAAAUCUCAUAUAACACUCUAGCCCCAAUCUUCUUGGCCCUGUCAGAAAACACUUUAACCUAACUCUACAAGAUAACCCAAAUCUCAUAUAACACUCUAACCCCAAUCUUUUUGGCCCUGACAAAUAACACUUUAGCCUAACUCUACAAGAUAACUCAAAUCUCAUAUAACACUCUAGCCCCAAUCUUCUUGGUCCUGACAGAUAACACUUUAGCCCAACUCUACAAGACCCCACCAGAUAACCCAACUCUCAUAUAACACUCUAGCCUCAAUCUUCUUGGCCCUGACAGAUAACACUUUAGCUCAACUCUACAAGACCCCGUCAGAUAACCCAACUCUCAUAUAACACUCUAGCCUCAAUCUUCUUGGUCCUGACAGAUAACACUUUAGCUCAACUCUACAAGACCCCGUCAGAUAACCCAACUCUCAUAUAACACUCUAGCCCCAAUCUUCUUGGUCCUGACAGAUAACACUUUAGCCCAACUCUACAAGACCCCACCAGAUAACCCAACUCUCAUAUAACACUCUAGCCUCAAUCUUCUUGGCCCUGACAGAUAACACUUUAGCUCAACUCUACAAGACCCCGUCAGAUAACCCAACUCUCAUAUAACACUCUAGCCUCAAUCUUCUUGGCCCUGACAGAUAACACUUUAGCUCAACUCUACAAGACCCCGUCAGAUAACCCAACUCUCAUAUAACACUCUAGCCUCAAUCUUCUUGGCCCUGACGGGUAACACUUUUAAUAGCCUAUCUCUACUUGACUCUGACAGAUAACACUAUAGACCAACUCAACUUGGCCCCGACAGAUAUAGCCCAACUCUACUUGGCUUCCACAUAUUCCUAAAAUAUUAAAAUGGUGCACAGUUUUAAUCAAAAGACGUUGAUUAUAUUCUAUUUGUGAAGUAAUCGGUAUGAAAUUUAGUGUGGUUUUGUGCAAUUAAUUGUAAUUUAUAAUAUCCAUUGUCUUUAUAUUCAGGCCAUUCAACAAAAAUAUUGCUUGUUUAUUGUCACUAAACCUGAUUUCACACUGUUGGCAAGAGAGGGACUUUUACUAAAACUGUACUGCUGCCAUUGAUUGCCUCUUCUCCCGUUGUCAGCAUUUGCAAUAAGUGAUGGGGCAUAUCAGUGCAGUUUCUAUUUGCCACCAAUUAUGACCCAUUGUUCAACUCGAACCAGGAUUGUUUACCCUCACUGAUUCCACUGUUCAAAGAAUCUGGAACAAAAUCUGAUAUAAGUUUAUUCAUGCAAGGUCACAAUUCCAGUGAGGAUACCUGUUGUUAAUAAACAGGAGAAUGCAAAAACAAACAAUACUGGGUCUGGGAAUAACAGCUUGUAUCUACAAGAUAUCUGGUGGGUCUCAUUGAUUUUUGUAACAACCGUAGGGUGCCAGAAGCUGGUAUAGACCUCCCCUAGGCACAUGGAACCUUCAUAGUACAGUACCUCAUUCAAGCAGCUUGACAUUUCGAUGGACGAAAUAUAAAAAUUUUGCACAAAAAGCCGGGUUGUGAUGAUAAACAAGUGAACAUUUUUGAAUGCCAAACAUGGCCGAGGCCUUUGAUUCUACAGACUAUUUGUAAUAUGCAUGGUGCUCAACUUCAUGGUGAUAGAGAUGUUUGGUUUUAGGGAAUGUCUCUCCUUGAAUUUGUAAGAAUAUUCCAUGAAAUCUUACAUUAAUUUUUUUAGCCAAAAAGUGUUUUAAUGAGAGUUCUGUAUCAAUAAGCUAAAGCAAAAUAUUUCGACAAAUUCCAAUUUAUCUAGCAAAUUUAAGGUGAGGCAGCAGAUCGUUAAUGUAAGUCCAUCCAUAACCUACCGGUAUUUAGUAUUAUGAUAUUCUUUUAUUUUGCCUUACAUUGCCAUGGUAACCUCAGUAUAUUUUGGUGUGGUAACCAUGGUUAGAGACAUCUCCUACUAUUUUUGUAGAAUCCUGGUUGUGACAUUAUUCCGAGAUUUGACUGUUUCCAAGAUCAGUCAUUUUUCAUAAUUCUGUAUUAUGAUGGUAGCCAUGGUUAUUACAAAAUUUUGUUGCCAUGGUUACCCAUCAACAAGAUAUAUCCACUUCACUGUUGAGAACUCGGUGCACUGCACAGAACUGAUUUCUGUCGAUCAUCAUUUUUCAAUGUCCAAAUGCGAGAACAUCGGAUUUUGCAAUCGUAGAAACUGUAAGUGUCAGUCUCAUUUGCUACCAACUCUGCUUUUUGGAGUUUGCAUCUGAAGAAGACAAUAGCUGGAAUUUUAAGUAGAUAAAAAUGUGUGUGAUGUAUUCAAUGAGUUUCCGAUACAAUGUUGUUUCUUGUGAGAAAUUUGUUGGCCCUAUUUUGAAAUCCUCAAAAGCUGAUUUGUGUUUUCACUGUUUUCUGUGCCAUCCACUUGAAUUUCUUAUAGUCUUCAUCGUGGAGAUUUGGACGGUGUCAGCAAGGCACUGUCCACUCUGGUUACCAAAGCGCUAGCAGACGACAAUAAUAAAUUUGAAAGCACAGGCUGGUUCAACUGCGAAUAUUUCCUGUUCUAUGGCACUCGUCGUGGAUUUGCUGGUUGGUAUUUCUAGAUGAAAACUUGAACACAUCUGUUCAUAGGUUCAUACUGAAGUGCCUGUCCUAAAUAAGUAGAGAAAGCCUUGUUAGACAGAGCUAACCUUUGAUUAUGAAGGGAUUUUUAAAUGAAGGUGACCAUGGUCUGUCUAUGUGCUCUACCACAGCUUUCAAUGACUUGAUGUAGCUGAAGAAGCACUCGUGGCAUGGCCUAUCAAGGAGCUGCUCACGGUGCUGAACCUCUAGCUUGCCUGUCGACUAAGUGCAUUGCCCGAGACCUUGCUAGGAGGAGCACUAUAGUGGUGAUAUUGUAUUUGGUUCGAGCCAUUGAGCAGCCGACAUGACAUGUGAAGGCAUAUCUGAGUUCUUCUUCUCCGUAUAAAAAGGGGCUUAUCGCUAACUAAGGAAUGAGGCAUAUUGAUAUUCACAUUGCCUCAUCACCUCUAUCGGACUAAUUGAUAUACAUUUAUAUCCAAGCUGCAGCACAGGGUCCGAGUCUGUGGACAAUUGGUUGGUUUAAUUUGUCUUUUUGAUGCUGCAUUAGAUUUUCUUUGCAAUUCAAUCUUUCGACCGGUGCAAUUCAAGAUAAAGCCCAUUUGAACCUGUCUGUGCCACAGGUAUAAUGCUAGUGGUUAUAAUUUUCGCAACUUAGGCAGAUAGAUAUAAGCGCAAUUUGUACCCGUAAUUAUGCGUAGGGCUACAAAAACACUGAUUUCUCCACUUAUUCAGGACAGCUUCAUCAAUAUAAAUCUAUUAACAGAUGUAUUUAAUCUAUCAUCUAGAAAUACCAACUGGCAAAUCAACGUCGAGUGCCAUCGAACAGGAAUAUUCGCAGUUGAAUCUGCCUGUGCUUUCAACUUGUUUGCUGUCAUCUGCUUGUCCUUUGGUAACCAUAGUGGAGACAGUGCCUUGCUGACACCGUCCGAAUCCCCACACUGGUCUUGACAACUGAUCAUGAAUAACUCUCUUGCUGCCAAAGUGUUUGAUUUUUUUGUUGGCAUGUUGAGCAUGCAUCCAAGGUGAAGUUUUGUUGUCAAAAGUCAUGUCAAAUCACAAUAUGUGACCCGUCACAGCAAAACCAGGCGCAUGUAGCUCUGAGCUCGGCAGGUUGAGGCGGACUGUUUGUUCAUUUCUCUAUUCACUGUCUGCCUUUUGUGAAAUAUGAGCACAUCAAUUUCUGCCGUUAUCUCCUGGUGUCAUCUACGCUGGUCGGGGGUUCUGUGCGACAUGCACCUGGUUUUGCCAAGAACUAAAUUAAUAAAGUGUUUGGUUGGAACUACAGGUGUAGGUGUUUUAAAGGUACUUCGGGCCUGCUAUGUUGAUGAUGAACAGGUAUUUCAGAAAUGAAAUAAAAAGAAAUGACAAAGCUAGUCAGUGCACAGAUUUGUUUUUCUUGAUUUUCUCAAAAUCAACUUAAGUGUGCCUGACUACCUUUUCACCAUCACACCCACAGUUGACAGAUAUGGGUGAAUCAAGAUACUAGUUAGAUGCUGCCUCAGUUAAGGUAUAGUAUGUCAUGUAGAUCAUGUGUAUCAAUACUAUCAUGUGUCCAUAUGUUACUUAUAUCAUUUUUAAUGAUAUCAAAGAUUAUGUGUAAAAUAAUCAAAUAAAAUGAAUAUGUAUUGAUAACAGAAAA